AUGUGGUACCACGUCCAAGAUGUUACAACAACUAAGAUGCACAGUUCUAACCACAAAGGCCUGGCAGAAGACCCCGAACGCAACUACGAGAAGCACAAACAAGACUCGCUCGAGAAGCAAAGGCAGGGCAAGGGCCACUGGAAGGCCGAGCUGGCGUCCGACAGCGAGGCGGCUGUCAAGGCCGACCGGGCUGCUAAGCCGGAGAGCCCAGCUGACCUGCAGGAACGAACGAAGUGGGCUGCCGAGGAGAUCAGCAGGCAUGGGACGAGCAUGCGCGAUGGCCUCUGA